GCAACGCUGCGGAACGGUGCUCGGUCAACGGUUGAAGCAAUGUCAGUUUUUUAAAGUUUAAAUGGAUGUAACCAGUAACGUGCGGAAGAUGUCUUUGAAGGAAACCAACAGCAAAGUGCAAAUAAAUCCAAAGUUUUCGGACAAGGAAAACGAAGUGCCCAAGGGGUUCAACGCGCCUCACGUGGAGCAGAAGCAGCAGGUAAAGUUGAUUAAAUCUGAAAGUGUGGUGGCUGAUGAACAGCAUCAGCAGCAGCAGCAGGAGAAGUCAGGCCAGAAACGUACAUGGACCUUAGAUGACUUUGAUAUUGGUAAACCGCUUGGACGAGGGAAGUUCGGCAGUGUGUACUUGGCCAGGGAGAAGAAGUCCAAGUUCAUUGUGGCCCUAAAAGUGCUCUUCAAAGACAACAUCAAGGAGUCCAACAAUGAGCACCAGGUUAGGAGGGAGAUUGAAAUCCAAAGCCACCUCAGACAUCCCAACAUCUUGAGGAUGUUUGGGUAUUUCCAUGAUGAUUCUAGAGUUUACCUAAUACUAGAGUAUGCUCCUAAAGGGGCUUUGUAUAAGCAUCUGCUGCAGAUGCCCAAUAAACGAUUCCCUGAGCAUCAAGCAGCUAACUACAUUUAUCAGCUGGCAGACGCCCUGAAGUAUUGCCACGUGAAGAAGGUCAUCCAUCGCGAUAUAAAGCCGGAAAAUCUUCUGUUAGGUUCCAAAGGAGAGAUUAAGAUUGCCGAUUUCGGCUGGUCCGUGCACGCUCCGUCCUCGAGGAGGAGCACCCUGUGUGGUACCCUGGACUACCUCUCGCCGGAGAUGGUCAAGGGGCACACGCACAACGAGAAGGUGGAUCUGUGGAGCGUCGGCGUGCUUUGCUACGAGUUCCUCGUCGGCAAUCCACCGUUCGAGGCUAAAACCUAUGACGAGACGUACUCGAGGAUCACCAAAGUUAAAUACACGUUCCCCGAUCAUGUCCCAGAAGGUGCCAGAGAUUUGAUUAGGAAACUGCUGGUGGUUAAUCCCAACGAUCGGCUGGAACUCGAUGGGAUCAUGGCGCAUCCCUGGAUCGAGGGACACAUCAUAGUCAACAACGACUAGUGAUUUCUAUUUAUGUGAUUUUUAACAAUUUUUAUGUUCUUUAUCUUGAUAAGUUUUACUGUACUCUCUAUACAAAUUUCUUUCUUUCUUUUAUAAUAAUAAACAAA